AUGCUUCUUGGCAAGGCAUUUCUCGCUUUUGCAUGGGCUGCAGCAGCUGUUCAUGCAGCUCCGUCCCCUUCUUAUGUGGACAUGGAUGGUGGAGCAGGUCCGUCCAACGGGAACGCAGCCGAGGGCGGGCUCCAGCGAUUCGAAUUUGUCAAGGAAUUUAUGGGAUCUGAGAAUGAGCUUGCCCGCUCAUCAGCUCCUUAUUACGCGGGCCAAGAUUCGCAUCAGAAGAUAACUCCUGAGACUAUCGCGGCUCUCAAGAAGCACGGCGUCACCCACAUCAUCAGCGCAAACGCCGAAGCCAACAACGAAGAGAUCAAGAAGGCUCUUGCAGAAGCUGGAAUUACCUAUACUCCUCUGCCUGUCCAGGAUUUCAAAGCCGCAACCCAGGAUGACUUCCAGAGGGCCUGGGACGCUUUCGUCAGCAACCGCGGCACUGGUGCCACGCUGGUAUGGUGUGGCUACGGUCACGGCCGGACGGGCACCAUCAUAUCUGCCCUGCAGAUGUUUGCUGAGCAUGAAAGGGGCCAGCUGCACACGUGGUCGCGCUCUGACUAUGACCGGAAUCAUGUUGAGACGGCUGGACAGAGGUCGGCACUUGAAACGCUUCAGCAGCGGCUCCAGAGCGAACCAGCCCAGCCACCGGCUCUCACCGAGUAUCAAACCGACGGCUUACUAUCGGGUGACUUUAACGGGAUUGACUGUUCUCUUGCCCUCGGUUUCGUGCUGUUAAACGUUACGCCAAAGACUCGAAGGUCGCUGCCGGGCAGUGUCGCGACGCUGAACAGCCGACAAGUAACGCCCACGCCGAUGACACCAUCAUCCUCAACACAGGAUUGCGAACGAGCCCGUGACAUUCUCCGACGAAAGAACGUACCUUCGGUCUGCCGUACAAUCAAGAACAUCCAGCUCGGACUAGCUCUCUCCAACGACUAUUGGUCUGGGACCUGGGACCGCAUCGGCGCUACCCUCGAAGGCCCGGCUGGCAAGGCAGUUUUGCACCUUGCAAAUGGGCCGUCCAGAGGCUUUAGUACCUGGGAAAAGGUCAAUAUGAAAGCAUCAUUCGGUUCGGAAUCAAUCGAUAUCGGAGGCAUCGACAAGAUUACUCUUAAUGCCGCUGGAGUGUUUUCAGUGAUCCGAGAAAGCAACCCAACGAAUGAUCAGUGGAAGGUCCAAGAUGUUCAAAUACGCGCAGAAUGUGCCGAUCCCGACUUCAAGGCCAAGGAUGACAAGCUUGUCGGGCUGAACGCGUGGUACGGACACCCCGGCGGCUGGCAAGAAGGGAAUGCUUACAAGACCAAACCUGUUGCCACUUUUUCCAUUGUGCCCGGAGACUGGGCUUUCUCUCCUCCUUGUGCCAUCAUCAAGGAUUUGACAUAUCAGUUCAAGCUGAGCAACGUCUACUCUGGCGGAACAUGGGACGAAUUAUCGUUUACCAUUGGCGAAAGCAAGGAAAUCCCGCUCGGAGUUAGCCCGGCUUUGGGCUACACCAAGGACGGCACCAUCGAUUUGAAGGAAGUCUUUGGCAAAGACCAGAUUGACAUUCGCAGUCUAAAAGAAGUCCGUAUUCUUGAUCAAUUCGGAAAGGAUGGAGCGGGAGACGCGUGGUCGUUUUCAGGCAUCACAUUCUCCGCUACCUGCGCUCAUAUGGACAAGAAGAUGGCCAUGAAAAAGUUUCAGUCAGUCGAAAAAUGGGUCUACCACGCAGAGUCUGGGCCGGCUUGGACCGGCGACAUCAUUACUUCCGACUGGCUAGAGGUGGUUUAA